CAGGCCACUAUGGAGCGGCCGACCUGGGUGCCGAGGCCUCUCCGCCUGCUGGGCUUCUUUGGGCGGAAGCCACAGGCUGUCGGAGGGGAGGCAUCCCCAGAACUGGAACCAGAGGAACCUGAGGAGAUGUGCAUCGUGCUGGCACUGGGUGAGGCUGGGGAACUGGUGGAGUGUCCGAUCUGCCUGCUGCCCCAGCCCCCCGAGGCCUUUCCCACCCUGGCCUCCUGCCACCACCGCUCGUGCAGGGCCUGCCUGGAGCAGUACCUGCACAUCGCCGUCAGUGAGAGCCGUGUGCCGGUGGCCUGCCCGCACUGCCCUGCCAUGCUCCAGCCUGCUGAUGUCCACUGCCUCUUGGCCGAGCCCAGUCUCCGGGACAAGUAUGAGGAGUUCCUCCUGCGACGGCUCCUGGUGGCUGACCCAGGCACACGCUGGUGCCCUGCGCCUGACUGCAGCUACGCCGUCAUCGCCUAUGGCUGUGCCGAGUGUCCUCGCCUCACUUGUGGCCGUGAGGGCUGUGGCACCGAGUUCUGCUACCACUGCCAGCAGCCCUGGCACCCUGAUGGACCUUGUGCCCCAGUGCUACCAGCCCCAAGCCUGGCCAGCCCUUCAGCGCAGCUCACCCGCCCGGGGGACUCAGCCCAUACUGAGACCAUGGCGCAAGCUGAGGCUGAAGCCAUCAAGGUCUGUCCCCGCUGCAGUGCCUUCAUCAUGAAGAUCAACGAUGGAAGCUGCAACCGCAUGAGCUGCACAGUGUGUGGCUGCCUCUUCUGCUGGCUCUGUCUGCAGGAGAUCUCUGAUGUCCACUUCCUGAGCCCCUCUGGCUGCACCUUCUGGGGGAAGAGGCCGUGGUCACGAAGCCGGAGGAUCCUGUGGCAGCUGGGCAUGGUGCUGGGGGCACCCAUGGUGAUCUCCCUUGUUGCAGGCAUCGCUAUCCCUGUCAUUACCUUUGGGAUCCCCAUUUACCUGGGUAGGAAGGUGCUGGGCCAGAGCCGGAGGAGCAGCCUGUCAGGGUGCCAGCAGUGCCUCUCUGUCACCAGCAGCGUUCUCCUCUCCCUCUUUGUGUCCCCCAUCAUAACAGCUGUCACUGUGGGAGUUGGCGUGCCCCUGAUGCUCACCUAUGUCUAUGGGGUGGUGGUGCUGUCAUUGUGCCGGAGCCGCUGGGGCUGUGGGGGCAGCCGCAGCCCUCCCAAGGAUCUUGGGGUGGUGGAGCUGGAAAACCUCACCAAGUUGAAUGAGCUGUGGUCGGUGCUGCCUAGCCCCAGGCCCACCGAGGAUGGAGCCCCGGAUGCCACCAUCUCCCUCCCCAGCAGCAGCCACAGCCCUCGGCAUGGGUCAGGCUGGAAGGAGCAGGACAGCCAAUCGGCCAGCACAGUGGCCCUGGCAGGGAGCAUGCUGAGCGAGGGCCAGGACAUGUCCCUCAGGGAAGGUGUUAAUAUUGAGGUGGAGGUGUCAAUUGAGGCAGUGCCACAUCCUGCCCGGGAGCAGAGCCUCUGCAGUGUGCUGUCGGGGCAGAGUCUCUCUGGGGACUCCUUGGGAGGCACCAGUGACAGAGGCAGCACUGUCAGUGUCCCUGCAGAGUGAAGGGACUGAAGCACUGGGUGAGGAAACCCUUGAUCCAACAAAGCCGUGGCCACUGGUACAGUUUGUGUCCUCUUGGGCAGAGCUGUCACCUGCUGUGAAGCACCAACAUCCUCCUGGAGUCACAGAAUGAUUUAGGCAGGAAGACACAUAAAGAUCAUCUAGUUCCAACCCCCUGCCAUGGGCAGGGACACUUUCCACAAGGUUGCUCAGAGCCCUAUCCACCUUGGCCAUGAACUGGGUCCUGGCUGCCCCCAGGCUAGGUGGGCACCAACUGUCCCCAGGGUUGUCCCUGCGCUCUGCCCCAUCCAGCUUUUCCCUGAGGCCUGGCUUGAGCAUUGGUACUGCUGGGAAAUAAAGCUGCUCUCUGAGAGUCUGUCUGUCUCCUGUGGAAUGGCCA